UAUCGCCCACGGGGUCCUCCUCGCCCUCGCCUUCGCCCUGCUCAUGCCCCUCGCCAUCCUCCUUGCCCGCCUCCUCCUCGCCGACCGCCCCCACGGGGCCCUCCUCAACCUCAACAGCGGAAAGGACUUGCGGCCGCUGGGGUUUCAGCUGCACCGGGGGAUUCAGCUGUCGGCUCUAGUGGUUGCAGUGGCGGGGAUGAUUGUGAUAUUCGUGCAGGCGGGCUCCAAGGGGCUCAGCUGGACGCAUGGGCAGUGACGCGCGAGUCUGAUAAGAGAC